AUGGAUACACAUGGGAUGCCGUACCACAAGAGCCGAGAGACUUUUAUUGGGAAGAGUUUUAGGUACGAUUUGGUUCAAGUUAUAUCUUCAUUCAAUAAGCAUUUGGUAUGGGAAGAGGCCAUUACGGCUAUGCUAAAAGUGGCCUGGGAGAAAUUGUGCGCUCUACGAUGCAGUGAGACUAGCGGUGACGAAGCAGGACCUUCUCGACAUACAGGCGGAUCAAUAUUUGUGAGUCAACUAGCUAAAAAAUAUGGUCAUGAGCCCACACCGAUGGAGGUGUUCACUUACACUCACACAAAGGACCACGACGGAAAUACGUUUGUCGACAAACGUGCGUUGGGUGUCAAUGAGAACUAUAGUACAGCUUGCGAGCGUGUUGUUUCUUCUCAGGCUGGAUCUGAAGCUGAGUCAAGAUUUGAUGAGCUAGCACUUUAUCUGGAGGUCGUAGGGGGUGAAAGGAAGAGGAAAGUCUAUGGCAUCAGGUCUCAGGCAUCACAAUUUUACCGCAGCUCAGCAUCUGACGCUUCUGCAACUUCCUCACGACCACAUCCCGACGACAGUGUCGAGGAGAUUAGUGCAUUACGGGCUCAUGUUGAUGAGCAAGAGAGAUAA